AUGCGACGAGAUGGAAAAUAUAAGAGUAAUAAAACGAUUCGAUAUUGCAAAUAUUGUUCUGGAGAAAUAGUACAUAGUGAUUCAUCAAAUAAUAUGUCAUUAGACAAAAAAAAACGUUGGCAAUUGAUCGAAUUCUUAAAAAAAUAUAGUCAAUCAUCAAAUGAUAUCAAUAAACUAGUUACUCGUCGUUGUUAUAAUUUCUAUAUGUAUAAUGGUUAUUCUUGGCAUUCAAAAUAUAAACGAAGCCCACUAAAACAUUUGAGCUUUGCAAAAAGACCAGAUUUUGUUUAUCAACCUUAUGUUAGAUAUGUUACAGUUAAUCAAAAUAUUUUCAAUUUAAUUUUUCAAGAUGGAUUGCAAGUUUACAGAAAUGAAAAAAAAUUAUUAGAACUAUUUGAUAUUGAUUCAACAGAUAUUACUGUGACUGUUAUUUAUUUUAUGGAUGGUCCGAAACAUUGGUUUCCAAAUGAUUGGAAUAAUGCAUAUAAACAUGCAUUCGGAGGUUCUUUAGCCGAUUUUUAUAUGGGUUGUACGGGUGAUUAUUGUUCUUUUGGACCAAAAGCUCAUGGAUUAAAAAAGAUAGAUUCUAGAAUUGAUCAAAUAUUAUUUGUAAAUACAAGUAAUGAACGACAAGGACGAAUGGGAUGCUGUCAGCGUGUUGCCUGGAAGUAUCUAUCAUGUUUCAAAGGAGAUGUCUACAAAGAAGAGCGACGUCGUAAAAAAAGUCAACGACGUGAAGGAAAUAGACUGACUAAAAAUACAAUUUCAACUAAAAAUUUCUUUUGA